ACCCAACCAUCCCUUCCUACCUGCCUCUCCUCAUUCACCUCACGCCAACCCUCACAGAUACAUCACCGCUACGCCCUGAUCUUUAGCACCUGCUUUACAACGUAAUGGCCGAUAAUGCUGAAAUGGACUUGGAUGAGGUUCCCCCCGUCGGGGAGAAUGAAGCAAGCUCCAAAGCUUCCUCUAAUCCCAAGACAGCCGCAGGAGCCUUCGCCGUCCGCUCAAUCGAAGGUUGGAUUGUUCUUGUGACCAAUGUCCACGAGGAAGCGAGCGAGGAGGAUCUACAGGACCGAUUCGGCGAAUUUGGCGACAUUCAAAAUCUUCAUCUUAACUUGGAUCGAAGAACAGGCUACGUUAAAGGAUACGCUUUGAUCGAAUUCUCCACACUUUCCGAAGCUCGCGAAGCAAUUGCCCGUACCAACAAUACAAAGUUACUCGAACAGACUAUAUACUCGGAUUUUGCGUUCGUUCGCCCACCACCCACUUCCCACAAUAGCCGUGGAGGCGGAGGAAGUAGACGGGGCGGAGGCGGCCGGGGAGGACCCGGUCGCCCCAGGAGUAGGUCACCGGGUGCAAAGGAUGAAGCGGCUGCUAGCAGGAGUUUGCAGGAUAGAAUUACCUCGUAAUAAAAGUUUGUCUGGCUCCGAACAUUUUAUCCUUGAAGUGGGGGAAAAAUAACCGAACUUCGGUUGAAUCUGAUGUCUGCGGUCCUUGUUGCGUUAUUAUUAUUGUUAUUAUUUUUCUUACUA